AUUACGCAACGUCUUUAAGCUUCACGGAACAAUUUUUAAGAAACCGAAUUAUCCUUGUGUAUGUGUUUGUCCUUAUUGCACAGUAAUCCUACUUUUAUCGUCUAGAGAGGCGUUGUUAAAUGAGAGCCUGUGUGAAUCCAGUUUUAACGACCAUUGAACGGCAUGUCCCGAUUUGCGAUGGACAAGUAAACAAGCGGUGUCUAUGAAAAACACACGGUCGACGAGUCGAAAGAGAGCAACACUGAGGCCAGAGACUUCUUUGGGAUGUUUGCGAUAAUGUCCUUCCAGAGAAUUCGUCGAUUGAGGGUUUUGAAGCUCCUUUGGUUGGAUAGCUGGAUUCAAAAGAACGUUCCUCCAUUGACACCACUCUGCACCAAAGCAAAUAAUGUCAAGAAGCCUAUCAGAUAUACAAGUAUAAAGAAAGCAAAACCAAAAACUAUAAUCGAUAUUGCCAAAACACUGCAGCAAAAGGCCAAGGAGACCAAAGAGAAGAAACAAUCAGUGAUCAUUGCUUCUGCAUUGAAAGCUGCUACUAGUCCAACCAAACCCACUGCUACACCAAAUGAAUUGAAGGACCAGAAUGAUGCCGAAGAGAUUAUUAUUUCAAAUGCAAAAGUUCAAACUUCUACCAGCAACCUUCCAACAAAAGAUGCUAUGGAUAGUUAUACAGCAGGUCUGCAUAAUAAGGCAUACACUGAAAUGUGGAAUACAAAAUAUGCAGCAUCCCAAGCUGUUGAGUCAGCAGAAUCACCCACAGUUAAUGCCUCACAAGAGGCUUCAGCUCAAGGAGAGAUGAUUACAAAUAUCAGUCUAGUUUCUGAACUGUCUUCAACAAACCCCUCAGAAGUCAUUCCAUCUUCUGAGGAUGUUGCUUCUACCUCUGGAAAACAUGCAGGAGAAACUAGUGAUGGGACAGUUUACAUGCCUGAUGUUAUGGUGACUUCCAAAGUUUCAUCUGCGCAUGAGAACGGUCAUCUACAGGAGUUUUUUGAUGUUUCAAAAGCGGUUGCAGUAACCAAUGCAUCAACUUUUGUAAACAUUGUACAAUCACAGGACUCCUCGCAGCCUCAAUCCACUCAAUUUCAAGACUUUCUAUCUCCCACUUGGUCUUCAAAUGUCAAAGCAGACAAACCAUCUUCUGGCCAAGAGAUCAUCACUCAGGCAGUUGGGUCUUUUCCAAAUGGCACAGUUGACUCCAUACUAGAUAUUUCCCGUGCUGACGCUGUGGCUGUUGCCUCUGGUGCAGUUCCAACCCUUCGAGAAGUUUGUCAUGAAGAAGCCAUUCCAGUCUUUGACCCCAUGUCUGAUGUCUCUUCACUUCAAUCAACUGAGCAAAUGUCUGGUGAUGCUCAAAGAUCUAUAAGUCUAACAGACCCAAUUCUAGUGCAAACUGAGGUUUUAGUGGAAGAGGAUCAGACAAAGGCAGCUGAAGAGUUAACUGGGGCACAACUGGAUCCAAUACAGAAACUCUUUCUCGACAAGAUAAGGGAAUACUCCACAAAGAGCCAAGCCUCUGGUGGCCCUGUAGAUGCUGGACCAGAAUAUGAGAAAGCUUUUAGUGAAGAACGAAACAAACUCCAGAGACUCUAUGGGAGCGGAGACUUAACAGAGUUCCCAGAAUUUAAGUUCUCUGAGCCUGAACUGGAUGAAAGCAGCUCAAAAUGAAAAGCUCACAGAAGCAUGCCAUUUAUGAUACUAAUAUAUUUGAAAUAGGUCAGUUUAUAAAUAGCUAAAUUAUUUGUGCAUACAGGAAGAAAAGAAAAAAACAAGAAAGGGAAAGCAAAAAAAUAAAGUAGUUGGAACGUUAACAUUUUCACACUGUGCU